AUGCCAGCCCGAACAUUCCUUGUGUUGGGCCCAAGCGAUGUGGUGGAAGGUGAGUAUGCGCCUUCUCUGCUGGGACGAUUGUGCACCAAUCCAGAGGAACCACUGGCGUCUUUCGCCAUCAGGAACCCAAAACCGUUUCACACAGAACCACCCUCUGUAACAGAUCUCUCGGACGCCUCAACCGUUCUCAAUGAAGUUCAAACUGGUUCUGUGGAAACACGUCUUGGUGAAAUCUUCCAGUCGCUGCUCACCAGUGGCAACCAAAACGGUUUUGCCAUAUCAGCCCAAACCAUCCGCACAUUUAAGCUUAUUCAACAGGAGAAGACAUUGAAGAUGAUGUGGGAGGACCCGGAAGCUCGCAAGGAAAUCAAGGCUGAGAUGGGAAAGUGGCCCGACCGACGCAAGCUCUACAUGAUCGUUGGCUUCAAGACGUGCAUCAACGCUACCGUCACCUAUCUCCAUCAGAACCAAUUGUCAGCCAAGAUCAGCGUGUCAAUUACCGAAGCCCUUCGUUUAUUGACGGCCGCUUCUCUGCCCAUUCCUCCUUGGUUGAAUGCCAUGAUCCAGGCGGGGUUCAACACAGAGGAGGCUCUCAUUACGACCGGAAAGCUCUAUGGGGAGGUAAUUUUUGCCAUCCGGUAUCGCGAAGUGUCAAGACGGAGUAAAAUCGUGGAGACGAUCCUAAGGGGCGGCCUUGUGAUCAGCAGAACCCCUGUGCCGAUUCCUGGUGGAAAUAUGGUGUUUGCACCUAGCGAGAAGUCGGCGGUGGUUGAUGAACCAUUGGAUAUAGAGAAGUGGGAAGGGUUGAGCGACGACGAUAUUCUGGAGGAUGACGACGACGAGAACAACGACCUAUGCAUCGUUCCUUACACCGAUGAGCCGGCUUUGGAACUCAAGCGCGGAGGGUUCGAGGUUGAACUUUACAUUGAGUGA